AUGUAUCCGAACGCAGGUCCUAGUGCUCCACCUCUCCCGGGGACUUCUCAAUCGAACACUGGUUAUCCACCUUACGGUGGAGCACAAGGGCAAGGAGCGGGAGCACCGUGGGGUGUACCACCACCGUUGCAACAGCAAUAUCCUGGAUCCCAAAAUACCCCGUAUCCACCAUCGACGUCCUAUUCGUCAAAUCAACAAUAUCCCACUCAACAGAAUAAUCCCUAUUUACCACCAAGCUCAACGAGCAAUCCUUACUCUUCGGCUAAUCCAUCUUAUGGGCAGCAGCAACCAUCAUCCUAUCAUCCAGGCCAGCAAGGUCAGAGUACUUAUGGCUCUACUUCGUCGCCCUAUGGAUCUACAGGAAUGGGAGCAACACCUGACCGUUAUCAACAGGGUCAACCGUCAAGCACCAGCUACGGUCAGGGUGCUCCUUAUCAAAGCUAUCAACCUGGAGGCAGUAGUUAUCCUCCUGCUGGGCAAUCAGGUUAUCCACCCAGUCAACAAUUCGGCUACUCUCAACCGAAUCAGUAUCAACCUGGAUCGAAUCUAAGCGGUCCUCCGUAUUCAGGUGCAGGUUCACAGACCAAUCAGCAACCACCAUAUGGAGUCCCAUCCUAUCAACAGCAAACACCAGGUGGAUAUGGAAAUGAUUUUGCAUAUCAAGGAGGUGCUCAACAGCGUCCUGGUAACUAUUCGACGCCCUAUCAGCAAGGUUCUCGCCCAACGUAUGGCGAUGCCGGCGGUAAUGACGUUCGUAUGCAACGAAUAAAUCAAGUUGCACAAAGAUAUGAAAUAAAUCCUUCGUUAGUAAAUCGACUUCGAGUAUUAGAAGGUUAUGAAAUUCUUUUACUGUGUGACGAUAGUGGGUCGAUGAACACACCGUUAGAAACCACAUCGCAAACUCGGUGGGACGAACUAAAGCAAAUUAUCAACAUUAUCCUCGAUAUUUGUAUUAUAUUCGAUUCGAAUGGUGUCGAUAUUUAUUUUCUUAAUCGUCGACCUGUUCAAAAUGUUACCAAUAUCUCUCAGCUGAAUGAAUGUUUUAGUUCAAAACCACAAGGUAUGACACCCAUUGUACCAGUGCUGAGAAAUAUCUUACAAACAAAAGGUAGUCAAGCACAACAAGGGAAGAAAUUGUUGAUUUUUAUUGCGACGGAUGGAGCUCCUACUAAUGACCAAGGACAAGUUGAUAUUCAAGGGUUAGAAUAUGUUAUUCGUAAUGAACGUAAUGCUCAAACAACGUAUGUUUCCUUUCUGGCGUGUACAGAUGACAAUGAAUCUGUUGCGUACCUGUCAAAUUGGGAUAAACAAAUGCAAAAUGUUGAUGUUGUCGAUGAUUAUCGAACAGAAAAACAAGAAAUACAACGUCAACGAGGCUAUCAGUAUCCCUUUUCGUACGGCGACUACAUUGUUAAAGCUUUAUUAGGAGCAAUCGAUCCUCAACUCGAUGCUUUGGAUGAAAGACCCACAUAG